UGGGCAAGCAAGUUCGGGCCUCGCAUGCCUUGGCCUGCCCCCGCCAUUCUCGAUUUGUCUAAGACGCCCCCUUUGUCCCCAGUGGACACAAUGAUCAAGAAGGAGCCACACUGUACCCAGUUUUAUAAAGACCCAGGAAUGAAUGGGGACCUAUCGAAUGACACCCAGGACAGUACCACUAGUCACUAUUCUGGAGAUUUACUUCAAGAUGAAGAUAGUGACUCGGAGAAAGCACUCAAUCUUGCCAUGGAUGACGAUGAACCAAUUGAUGCCACUAUCCACUCAAGCCAAGCCAGUAAAAACUAUAUGUUGUCCAAUAGCCAGACUUUCACAACCUCAAUGUCUACUCCUCAAGCUACCUCUCAACUGUCCAGAGAAACACCAUCUACUACAGCCACCCUCUCUACAACUUCAGUGGUGACAACCACAACAGCAGCGGCUUUGGCAGCUGCUGCAGCAGCUGCAGGACAGCUGUCCUUAAACCAGUUAAUGGUUUCCCCAACACAACAGUCUAUGUUAAUGCAGGCAGGCCUGGCACAACAGUUUCAACUGGGAAAAAUUCCAGUAACAUCGGGCUUGACUGGUUUACAACUUAGUCCUCAAGAUAUUCAACAUUUGCAACAGCAGCUUCAGCAACACCAACAGAGUCUACAGAACAUGGGUCAGUUUGUAUUCCUCCAACCCAGUCAGCUAUCAGCCAGCAUGCAAGCUCAGUUCUUCCUUCAAAACCAGGGACUUUUAAUGCAGCAGUCUCUUCAGAACCUCCAACUUCAAGCAAGUCAAGCUACUGUCUCUCUUCCUCAAAGUGUGUUAACUCCACAGGUAGCAGCAGCCGCUGCUGCAGCUCAACAACACUUGCAGCAACUACAACAACAAUCGCAAUCCUCUCAGACACCUCAACAACAACCCCAAGUUGUUCCUUCUCAUUCUUCACCCCAACCUAAGAACGUAACCGUUGCCCCCCUUGUUAAAUCCAGACCUUCUGAACCCAGUCCCGAGGAAAUAACAGACCUUGAGGAAUUAGAGCAGUUCGCCAAGACCUUCAAGCAGAGGCGAAUAAAACUGGGUUUCACCCAAGGUGAUGUUGGUCUUGCUAUGGGUAAGCUGUAUGGAAAUGACUUCAGUCAAACCACCAUAUCACGGUUUGAAGCGCUAAACCUUAGCUUCAAAAAUAUGUGUAAACUGAAACCACUUCUUCAGCGAUGGUUAGAAGAUGCUGAUGCAUCUCUUAGCAAUCCAGCAUCUCUCACCAGUGCUCACACUUGUCCAGAUGCUGUUGGAAAGAGGAGAAAGAAGAGAACCAGUAUUGAAACAAAUAUACGGGUGGCAUUAGAAAAGGCCUUCAAACAGAUGCCUAAGCCAACAUCAGAGGAGAUUACCAUGCUUGCUGACUCCCUAGCUAUGGAGAAGGAAGUAGUGCGUGUGUGGUUCUGUAACCGUCGCCAAAAGGAGAAGAGGAUAAACCCACCAACUUCAAUGAUUGGUUCUUUUUCAAGCAUGGCCUCUUCUGUAAGCCCUCCAAUAGCUGUUUCUGCUGCUGCUGCAUCACUUGGAGUAACAGCAGCAGUAACUUCCCAGAGUUCUUCCCACACUGUCACAUCAACUGUAUCAUCCACGAUUAGUGUUUUUCCUGCUCUAACGCCCAUUAGUUCUGCUCAACCUGUUCCUUUAAUUGCCAUGACUCCUCCCAGUGCUCGAAAUAUGACGUUGAUACGUCCAACUACCACAGUAGCAUCUACAAUCAAAACAGAUUAGACAGAACCUAUUACUUUAAAUGAAAGUGACUAUCUCGUAGAUUGUUUGUAACUUCAAGUAUGUUGAGAGCAGGCAGUUCUUUUCACAAGUAUAUGCCAUACUAUAGUUCCUAGGGUGAAGUUCAUGGGAAAGAGCCUCACUGAGAAAGACUGUCCACAUUAUUGGAUGUUAAACGGGUACAUAUAAAUAUAUAUAUUUACAUCUAUCAAAGAAGAGGGGUAGUAGCCUCAUUAGUAGUGGACACCAGUGAACAACAAGAUACCUCGAAUCAAUUUUUAGAUUAAACUACUUCAAAACUAAAUACCUCAGUGUUACACUGUGCAAGUAAUGUAAGAGACUUACCUGAAUUCAGCUUUGACUCAGGGAACACGUUAUUUUAUCAUUGCUUUCAACUGAAGCGGAUGGUUUACCUCACAGCUAACAGUUUAUAUCUUAUAAACAUGUAGUUCUGAACCCAACAACUUGACUCACCUCCACAGUGCGUUUUGAGACAUUAUCUUUUUUUUUAACUGUUAUUUUUUCAGCCACUUCACUAACAGAAUCUUGGAAACCUUUAAGUUGGCCUGUACUCGCUUGGCGGAAAGACUCUUCAUAAAAAAAUCAGUGUUACUCCUUAUACCUUGAAGUUAUCAUUUUUUACUUAUUAUUAUUUUUCUUUAAUUUUUUUUUCUUCCAAGUUUUAUCACUAGAACAGCCUAUCUACAUUUUUAAAAUCAGUGUAUGUAUUCAAACCUUGUAUGAUUGUGGUGUAAUUUUCAAGUUCUUUUUUUUAUAUAAGCCAUAAAAAACUUAGAUUAUUCUAAGCUUGAAGGAGUUAAGAUUAUAAUGGUGGAAUACAUCUGUUAUCAAGAGAGAUUUUCCCUUUCAUGAAUUGUGUUGAGAUAUAAAUAGCACAUUGUUAUAUUGUUGUUUAGUUACAGCUUAAUCAACAUGGUAUUCUUAUCACUGUUUGUACAUAAAUCAUUAGUGGGCCAUGUGUUUUGAAGGGGGUCAUAAAUUCAUAGGGAAUGGUUUUUAUAUAUACAAAAAUUCUUUGUAUCUAUUAUCACAGGCAUUUAAUGUUUACUUAUCCUGUGGUCUAAAUCAUGUAUCAGCCAAUUGAUAUUCACCAGAGUUGUUUAUUUUCUAAAGCUGUUCAUUUCUGAAAGGUUAGUAGACCAAACAAGAGGGGUUGUAAGGCAUAUUUUUAGUUUAAUGUACUAGUAAGUGUGCAGUACGAGUUUAAUGUACUACUAAGUGUGCAGGACUAGUUUAAUGUACUACUGAGUGUGUAGGGCUAGUUUAAUGUACUACUGAGUGUGCAGGACCAGUUUAAUGUACUACUGAGUGUGCAGGACUUGUUUAAUGUACUACUGAGUGUGCAGGACCAGUUUAAUGUACUACUGAGUGUGCAGGAUGAGUUUAAUGUACUACUAAGUGUGCAGGACUAGUUUAAUGUACUACUGAGUGUGCAGGACUAGUUUAAUGUACUACUGAAUGUGCAGGACUUGUUUAAUGUACUACUGAGUGUGCAGGACUAGUUUAAUGUACUACUGAGUGUGCAGGACUUGUUUAAUAUACUACUGAGCAUGCAGGACUAGUUUAAUGUGCUACUGAGUGUGCAGGACUUGUUUAAUGUACUACUGAGUGUGCAUGACUAGUUUAAUGUACUACUGAGUGUGCAGGACUUGUUUAAUAUACUACUGAGCGUGCAGGACUAGUUUAAUGUACUACUGGGUGUGCAGGAUGAGUUUAAUAUACUACUGAGUGUGCAGGACUAGUUUAAUGGACUACU